AUGGCCGAUUUUAGUCAUUACGGAUAUCUCGCUGAGGAAUGGACAUCUUAUGUCCGCCAGCAUGCACCCCUACCUCUGCCACGGUAUGAUUCACCUGAAAUAAUGGCCGCGUCACGACGGAUUACCAACGCUGCACGUUUAAAUGCCUCACGCAGCAUGAUGGAAGAAAGGUCAACAGAGAAUAUUCAGACCCAAACAGUAGCCACCCCAACGAACGACUUCCAAGAGAUCAGCGCUCGUAUAUAUCGUCCCAGAGAAUCGCACCCUUCUUCUAAGGCAGUGCUUGUCUAUUUUCACGGUGGCGGAUUUCUUACCGGCACUCUUGGUUCAGAGGAUUCAACUUGUUUCCAGCUAGCCCAAGCCUGUGGUAUAGUCGUUGUUAGUGUGAACUACCGCCAUACACCGGAAUGGACUUGCCCAGUACCAUUUCAAGAUGUGUGGGAUGCGCGGAAUUGGAUCUUGCAGAACCAGGGUCAACAUCUGUUGCCCUCUAAGAUAGACCUCUAUGUUGGUGGAAUUAGUAGCGGUGCCUGUCUUGCUGCUAGCGUUGUGAUAAGGGAACGGUUGGAGUCAAACUCCACCAUCAGAGGGCAAUUUCUUUGGUGCCCAUGGCUUUGUGUACCACAAAGCUUCCCGCUCGAGAAGUUCUCCACCCCUGACUGCGCGUCCCCGAUUCAGUGCGCGGGAGCCGAUCUAUUGCCAUCUAGCCUAGUUAUGGACUUUGCGACAUUACUACGGCCAUCACCGGCGGAUGGUCAAAGCUCUGUCGUCAAUCCCCUGUUAGCCAAUAAUGAUCUUUUGGAGGGUAUGCCUCCCGCUCAUAUUAUGGUGUGCGGCUUUGACCCUGUGCAUGAUCAUGGUCUUCUUUGUCACCAAAAAUUACUGAACUCAAGAAUUACCGUGAGACUCAAUGUCUUUGCAGGCUACCCCCGCUCAUUCAGAAGGAUCCCUUCUCUCAAAGCGAGUGAUAAAUGGGACGAAGAUAUGAUAUGUGGGGUCUUGUGGGCUCUGGCCCUUAAUGCAUAG